GCAGCCAAUCACACAGACGCUUUCUGGAACACCAAUCCGUAGCUGUAGAUGGGAGGGUUUAUGCCAUGUGACACAAACCGACCAGUUACAGACGCAGGUUCCGAGUUCCCUUAUUUGCAUGGGAGGGCUAUAAAAGCAGCAGCCCGGGAGAAGGAGGAAACAGUUUUCUCGUUUAUCAGAAAGCGUAAGGAUAGUUGAUCAUGCCUGAACCAGCCAAGUCCGCUCCAGCCCCGAAGAAAGGCUCCAAGAAAGCGGUGACCAAGACCCAGAAGAAAGAUGGGAAGAAGCGCAGGAAGACGAGGAAGGAGAGUUACGCCAUUUACGUGUACAAGGUGCUGAAGCAGGUGCACCCCGAUACCGGCAUCUCCUCCAAGGCCAUGAGCAUCAUGAACUCCUUUGUCAACGAUGUGUUUGAGCGCAUCGCAGGGGAAGCCUCCCGUCUGGCUCAUUACAACAAGCGCUCCACCAUCACCUCCCGGGAGAUCCAGACCGCGGUCCGCCUGCUGCUGCCUGGGGAGCUGGCCAAGCACGCCGUGUCCGAGGGCACCAAGGCUGUCACCAAGUACACCAGCGCCAAGUAACUGCUGCCCCAUCUCCUGCCCUACUCCCAGCAACACAAAGGCUCUUCUCAGAGCCACUCACAUUAUCUAAACACGGCUGUGUGACACAUACGGGUAAAUCUGAGUACUGAUUCGCUCAUAAACCCAAAGGCUCUUCUCAGAGCCAC